CUUUAUCUCUGGUUUAUGUAAGACCCGGAGACUCCUUUUAUGGUUGGCUUUUCCUGCCUUGUCAAGAGCGAAGAACAAAUGUAGCUUCAUCUGCGCUGGUGGGUUGGCUCACUGAUUAAGCAUCUGAUUCAAAGCUAAGCACAGAACAGGCUUUUGAUGGGCGGAUUUAAUUUGGUGUAAGAACCAGGAUGUCGUCCCCCUCCCUCACCCAAUAUUCCCAAGAUAGUGGUUGGUCUGGUGCAAUUAAGCCGCGGGGAUGACUCCCACCUACCAAAGCCUGAGAAAGUCCAGAGCGCUACAAUUUGUGCUGAAGUGGCUCCUUUGAGUGUCCCCCCUCUGCCUCCCCCCUCCCUCCUCUUUGCUUUUCCUUUCUCUCUCUCUCUUUUUUUUUCCUAUUUUUUUUUUUCCCCGCUGCUGAUUUACCACCAUUCCCAGGCAUUUGCAUGAGGAGUGAGCUCACCCUGUGUGUGUGUGUGCACGCUCAGGGGGUGUGCGGGGGUCCGUGGGCGCCUGUCUGGGUGUGUGACACACCGGAUUCCUCCCAGAGCCCUGCCAGGGGACGCAUGUUAAUGAUGACCUUGCCGAGUAAAGAGUUGUGGAAGGAAUAAGUGUUUUUCCUGCUCUCCCAGAGGCGGAAGGUGCGAUUACUCAUCCAUCUCUCCAACUGUCUCCAGCACCUUUCAAGCGCUUCUCGCGUCGAGUCCGGGGGCGGGAGCGAGGGGGUGGCAAACGAGGGGAGGCUGCCAAAAUCUGGGUUGCCACAGACACCGGCAUCUCUAUUCGUCCAAUGAACGCCGCGCUGAGAGUGCGAGAGGAGGCUGGGCACCACCCACAUGUUGAGCUGCGUGGAGUAUAAGUAGAUGGAGGAGCCUGGACUAGUGGCAGUUCAGACAGGGAGGAGAAGCAGCUCUUCGCAUCUCCAGUGAAAGCGGUUUUUGACUCAUCAAGUUUUUUUCCCCGAAGAGAAAUCACCAGGAUUUUUUUUUUUUUUUUUUUUCCCCCCUGCAGCUUCCAGUUUCUUUGUGCAUCUUUAUGUGAUUUUUCUCCGGCGGGGACUUUGCGGCAUUCCGGAUUCCCAGCGGGAUUGGACGUCUUAUCCAACUCCUCUCCUUGUUCCUGGAGGAUCCUGGUUCUCUCUGGGACACCCUUGAGCACGUGAGACCGGCGUUUCCAGCUUGGCACCAGGAGAAAUUUGCCUACAAUUCUCUGUGGGAUCCACGUGGACCGAACCAGCUCGCUCUGCGGUGAUAUCUGACUGGGUUGUGUUUGUGUCCAAAAGUCCUUGGAGGGGGGUUUAGAAGUCUCUGUGUGUCUUUCAGGAAGUGUUGUGGUGGGGUUUUUUGGCAUCCAACUUUAGUGCCAGGGCUUAUAACCCAGUUCUUUCCGUGUUUGCCACUCGCACGGUCAGAGCCAUGCAGCUGGACAACGUCACCAGCGCGGGCAUCCACUCCUUCCAGGGGCACCGUGGAGUUGCCAACAAGCCCAACGUGAUCCUGCAGAUAGGGAAGUGCAGGGCAGAAAUGCUGGAGCAUGUCCGGAGGACCCACCGGCACCUCCUGACAGAGGUCUCCAAGCAGGUGGAGCGGGAGCUGAAGGGAUUGCAGAAAUCCGUGGGGAAGUUGGAGAACAACUUAGAGGACCACGUCCCGACUGAAAACCAGAGAUGGAAAAAGUCCAUCAAGGCCUGCCUGGCCAGAUGCCAGGAGACCAUUGCCCACCUGGAGAGGUGGGUCAAGAGGGAGAUGAAUGUUUGGAAGGAGGUCUUUUUCCGCCUGGAAAAGUGGGCUGACCGCCUGGAGUCCAUGGGAGGCAAAUACUGCCCUGGGGAGCAGGGCAAGCAGACCGUGUCCGUCGGGGUGGGAGGCCCAGAGAUAAGGCCAGGUGAGGGGGAGAUUUAUGAUUAUGCCCUGGACAUGAGCCAGAUGUAUGCCCUGACCCCUCCUCCCGGGGAGGUGCCUAGCAUCCCCCAGGGCCACGAUUCCUACCAGUGGGUCUCCGUGUCCGAGGACGCUCCAGCCUCCCCGGUGGAGACCCAGGUGUUUGAGGAUCCCCGGGAGUUCUUGAGCCAUUUGGAGGAAUACUUGAAGCAGGUGGGUGGAACAGAGGAGUAUUGGCUGUCUCAGAUCCAAAACCACAUGAACGGCCCAGCUAAGAAGUGGUGGGAGUACAAGCAGGACUCCGUCAAAAACUGGGUUGAGUUCAAGAAGGAGUUCCUGCAGUACAGCGAGGGAACUCUGACUAGGGAUGCUAUCAAAAGGGAGCUGGAUUUGCCCCAGAAAGAGGGGGAGCCCCUGGAUCAGUUCCUUUGGCGCAAGAGAGACCUGUACCAGACCCUCUAUGUGGAUGCAGAUGAGGAGGAGAUUAUUCAGUAUGUGGUAGGCACCCUCCAGCCCAAACUAAAACGUUUCCUGAGCUACCCCCUGCCCAAGACCUUAGACCAGCUGAUCCAGAGGGGGAAGGAAGUCCAAGGCAAUAUGGAGCACUCUGAGGAGCCCAGCCCACAGAGGACCCCUGAGGUUCAGCCAGGAGACUCCGUGGAGACCGUGCCCCCCUCAACCACCGCCAGUCCCGUGCCCAGCAAUGGGACUCAACCAGAGCCCCCCAGCCCCCCAGCCACUGUCAUAUGA